CUGUUUCAACUUCCAGUUUUCCUUCCUGUGAAUUAGAAUCAAUUCUUCCUGUUCUUCUUUUGACUUCCCUGCAGCUUUCUUUCUUUCUUUCAGAAAUGUCUUUAUAUGAUGGGAUCUCUUCCGAUCAUAUGGAGGGAUUAGAUAUUUGGAUCAUCAUAUAUAUACAUAUAUAUUGCCAAGGACUACAAAGAUUUCAUCAAGGGUUCUGUUAUGUGCAUAAUAAUACAGGUUUUAGGUACAAAGUACAGCGUGUGAUUUACGAUUAAUGUAUGUUUCAAAUAUGCAUCCAUAUAUUAAAUACAUCUGCCAUGUGAAUUUGAAUGUCUAGACAUUUCUUUCUCUCCAGGUAAUUAUAUAUAUAUAUAUAAGACCUCAACCCUACUUAACAAAGUAACCCAUUUUCAUAUGUAGAGAUGAAAUAAUGCCUGAACCCAAGGCUUGCGUAGAGCUUCCUGUAUUUGACGUCUCCCAGCCCUUGUGUUCAUCCUCCCUUUCCUCCCUCUAUCUAGCCUGUACUCAAUGGGGAUUCUUCCGCAUAACCAAUCAUGGAGUCCCCAAACAUCUUUUCACCAAUCUCUAUUCCCUUUCAAAUCAUAUCUUCAGUCUCCCCAUUGGCUCCAAACUCAAGGCCGGCCCAGCUUCCUCCUUAAAAACCUACACCCCUCCUUUCAUCGCUUCCCCUUUCUACGAGAGUCUUCUAGUGUCCGGACCCGACUUCUUUUCUUCUGCACAAAGUUCAGUGGAUGUUCUUUUCGACCACCCAAAGUCCGACUUCAGUGAGGUAUUGGAUGAAUAUGGGAACAUGAUGACUAAGCUAUCAAAGGAGAUAGUAAAAGCUGUACUGAAAAGCUUGGUGGGAGAAGAUUUGGGGAACAGAUUUGUAGAGUCUGAAUUCAGAAACUGUCAUGGUUAUUUGAGAAUAGGCAAUUACAGCCCUCUCAAUAUCAUGAAAGAAGAAGAAGACGAUCAACAAGAUGAUGAAGUUGAAGGGCUAGGCAUGCACACAGACAUGAGCUGCUUAACAAUCGUUUAUCAACAUGAAAUUGGGGGACUUCAAGUGAGAUCAAAGGAAGGGAAAUGGAUGGACAUAAGCCCUUGUGAAGACACACUUGUCGUCAACGUUGGGGACCUAAUGCAAGCAUGGAGCAAUGGCAAGUUAAGGUCCUCAGAACAUAGAGUUGUUUUGAAAAGAAAUGUUAAUCGGUUCUCUUUGGCUUUCUUUUGGUGCUUUGAAGAUGAAAAGGUAAUAUUUGCCCCUAAUGAAGUCGUUGGAGAUCAUUCAAGGAUCUAUAAGCCAUUUGUUUGUGCAGAUUAUUUGAAAUUUAGAUUAAUCAGUGAAAAGGGCAAGUUUGAGAGGGUUGGAUUUACCGUCAAAGACUUUGCAGGAAACUGUGACACUUUGUAA